UGUCUACUAGCAAGCACAACCCCUCCAGCACAUCGACUGAUGGCAGUUCUGUUGCAAAACCCGGGCUGGUUCCAGGUGCUGCACAGUUUAACUCUGUCAUAGAAUACCACGGAAACGAACUAUAUCCUCCAGCAGCUGUAUGUUCCUACUAAACAAUUCAUGCCCAGGGUAGCUAAUGCGCCUCAAUUCCCACAAUAUAUGCCCACGUGGGAUCACACUCAACGCUGCCCUCCUUUAACCGCAUUUGAAUACAAAGAUCCAACAAUCGGAGCUGAUCCAACCUUCUGUGAUUUUUGAAAUCUAGCAAUGGGUCUCCUGUAUCGCUCAAGUCACUUACACCAUGCAUGGGUACGGUGGUUGCAGGAGACGUUCAACUUUCCAGAAUUUCCAAGGCUGGAAAACAGCAGCUUGCUCUGCUGACUGCUCAACGGAAAGUGGUCAUAUUCAAGGAUCAAGACCUAGCGUCUCUACCGUUGCGACAUUGGAGUGGGGAAGCUUCUUUGGUAGGCAUCGUGUUCCACCGACAAGCGGCACACCCGAAGGAUUUCCUGAAAUCCAAAUAGCCCAUCGUGGAGCAGGCGAUGACGGAUUCGAACAGUUCUUCAAAUACAAUACAACUUCAGCUGCCUGGCGUUCCGACGCUUCUUUUGAGGCUCAGCCUCCUGGCAUCACGAUCAUGUUUAUGCUGGAGACCCCGGCCUGUGGUGGUGAUACAAUCUUCUCUAAUCAAGUGGAAGCAUAUCGUCGCCUUUCUCCAGCAAUGCAAAAAUGUCUCCAUGGACUGAAAGCUCUGCACUCAGUCCACUUUGUCUGA